AUGUUAUCUCAUUCUCCAGAACACGCUGUAGUUAUUUAUAAAUGUGUAAUCACCAGCUGCCUUUUCUCACAGGUUUUUUUCUCUCUCAAAAACCUGAUAAGCAGCAAACAAGGAACAACCACCGGACUACAGGCAUUUGUAUGUAACUACCUCAAAAGCAGUACAGCAGGGAUCUAUAAAAAUAUGAAAAGAAAAUUAAUAGGAUUUCUUAUGAACUUUUGGAUUUCUUUUUCACUUGCUUUGUAUUUUCACACUGGAGAAAGAGAAGAGAAAUGCAUAAUUGAAGAUAUUCCCAGCGAGACCCUGGUAGUUGGGAAUUACAAAGUACAACGCUGGGAUAUACAUACACAUGACUUUCUUGAAUCUGCUCCUGGUUUGGGAAUGUUUGUGACUGUCACAAGCCCUACUGGUGAGGUACUGUUGUCAAAACUGUAUGGGCCACAAGGGACCUUUACAUUUACAUCCUACAUCUCUGGGGAGCAUAUCAUCUGUUUCCAGUCUAAUUCCACAAAGUUUGCAGUGAUUGCAGGAAGUAAACUGCGUAUUCACUUGGACAUCAGAGUUGGAGAACAUUUUUUGGAUGAAUCUGCUAUUCAAGCCAAAGACAAAGUGAAUGAAGUUAAUGUCAGACUAGAGAAUCUAAUUGAGCAAAUUCAUCAUGUAACCAGAGAACAAGACUAUGAAAGAGAGCGUGAAGAAAAAUUUCGGAAAACAAGCGAAGAAACCAACAGCAAUAUUUUGUGGUGGGCUAUUGUGCAAACACUAAUCCUCAUCUCUGUUGGAAUCUGGCAAAUCAAAUCUCUCAGAGAUUUCUUUAUAUCUAAGAAGCUUGUUUAA